AAUUAGUAUAUGGGUUCCUAACCUUAGAAGUCUAGAAAUUAAAUUGAAAAUAGGUACCAACAGCCAAGAAUGCAGACAAGCUAAAUUCCAUAGCAUAUACAAAUGUAAUAUCCUUAACCUAGUUAAUAAAUGAAUAUGCCGAUGCUAUAUUCUUAAACAUUCUAAUACAAUCAUUCUUCAACAUUCAUAUACAACCAAUCAAUGGUACAAUAAUAACCUCCAUAAUCACAAGUAAUUGCAAUUUAUUCAUUUUAUAGAGAUCACAAAAUGUAAAUACUCAACCUCGUGUUAUCAAAAAUGAAUUUUGUAUAGAAAAGCUGAAACUUGUUGGAAAUGACAAUUUAAAAGUUGAAUUCACUUUGUUUGCAUUAAGUCCUUGCAAAAUUUAAGUAUCUCUCCAAAAUAAUUUAGCUAUAUGUGUAAUGUCUAGAGAUUUGUCAUCCUGUGAAUAAAAUGUUUCAAGAAAUUAGAGAUAAGCUAUUAUAUGAUGAAUUUUUAAUUAAUGAACCUUAAACUAUGAAUGUUCUAAAAACUAGUAAAAUAACGAUACCUAAGAGUUCUUUAUAACAGAAAAAAUCGAUUAAUGGCUAAGCUUAUUAGAAGCUUUUACUAAUGAUUUAAAACAAGACAAUGAUUAUGGCAUACUAUUACGAUUACGAAAAUGAUCAAUUAAAAUUAGUCAAAUAAAAGUUUUAAAAUUCUGAUUAUGGGGCAUUCGAGGUUGAAGAAAUUUACGGAAUUAAUGAUUCUAAUCUGAUUAGAUCAAUGAAGCAUGAUUAGGAUAAUGGAGAGUGCAUUAUUUGUUUAAGUGAGAAAAUCAAUACGAUCAUUAUGCCCUGUAGACACAUGUGUUUAUGCGGUAAUUGUGCAAAAUAAAUCAUGGAUAAAAAAGAACAAUUAAGACAUGAACCAGCAGAAAGAUAACAGCAUGCUCCUGAUUACAAUCUCUGUCCUCAAUGUAGAAUGGGUAAUACUUUCUUCUUAUUUUAGAAAUUGAUUCCUUCAUUAAAUUACAAAAAAUUUCUUGA